UUGGAGAACUUUGAAAGGGAAAUUGGAGGGGGCUAAUUUGAUAUGAUGAACAAAAGCACCUCCGACUUGAAGAAGGGCAGUGGGGUAAUUGGGAGGGCAGGAUCGAAAUCAAGUGAAAAGGUGGAGGGUCGAAAGAGGACCACACUGCAGGCUCAGAGAUUUUGUGGAGGUUUGAAUGACUGUAUGAGUAUGGGGUCUAUUGUUUCUAACAACCAUCAGCCGCAUCAACACCACCACCACCACCAACUCACCUCUAAAUUGGAGCAGCAGGUGGGAGACCUAGAAAGAGAAGUCCAAAAGCAAAAAGAACUCCAGAUAAUGUACAGGAAGAGGAUGGAAAGAACUCAAGACUAUCUGAGGUACUGCCUUCAAGUGGCUCAAGAAAAUGGAUUCUUGGACCUCAUCAUCCACGGCAAGGACGCUCCCCAAUCCAAUAUAAUGAAUGCCAGUACCAAAAGUCCUCAAACUCCAACUCCUUUGCACCACCAUAAAAAUUCCGAUCUAUCCGCUGUUACCCUUCAAGCCAAGCUCAAUGGAUGGUAUAUCGCUCAAGAUGAGAUUGCAUUUAAAGAGAAAAUAGGGCACGGAAGUACAGCAGAGAUAUACAAAGGAACAUGGCGUGGACUUGACGUGGCAGUAAAAUGCAUACGGCCGGAUUUCUUCGAAACUAAUGAAAACGGCGUGUCGUUUUUUGCUCAAGAGGUGGAGACCUUGUCCAGACAACGACAUAGGUUGGUGUUGCAACUAAUGGGUGCGUGUUUGGAUCCCCCUGAUCAUGCCUGGGUGGUGACUGAAUUCUUGACCACCACACUCAAAGACUGGCUACAUGGUCCCGGUAAUCGCCGGAAUAAGGCCGAGAGGGCCUUUCCACUUCCGCCAUUGGAAGAUAGAUUGGCUAAGGCUUUGGAAAUUGCUCAAGCAAUGCAAUAUCUCCAUGAACAAAGCCCCAAGCUCAUCCAUCGUGACCUCAAGCCUAGCAACAUUUUUUUGGAUGAUGCUAUGCAUGUUAGGAUAGCAGAUUUUGGUCAUGCUAGGUUCUUGAGUGACAAAGAAAUGGCCCUUACUGGUGAAACAGGCAAAUUUUCAGGAACUUAUGUGUACAUGGGCCCAGAGGUGAUACGAUGCGAACCUUACAAUGAAAAAUGUGACGUUUACAGUUUUGGUAUAAUCUUAAAUGAGCUUAUAACUGGGGAAUAUCCGUACAUUCACACUGACUAUGGUCCCGCCAAGAUUGCAAUGAAAGUUGUAGAGGAAAACCUGAGGCCCAGGCUUCCUGAUGAUGAUGAUGGCCGUCUUGAAGAACUACUUGACCUCAUUCGUCUAUCAUGGAAUGGAGAUGCUUCAAUCAGACCUUCUUUUUCCAAUAUCACAGGCAUGCUCAAAAAACUUCUAAAGAGGCUUAUAUACUAAUUUUAUGUUUAGCAACGUAAUGAAUGGAUAGUACUACCUUUAUC